GGUCCAUGAUGACGUGCACGGCCCUGCAGGGCGGUGUUCUUCGGCCCAGAAAAAGACAGACUGGGGUGUGAGAGCAGCAUCUGGAAUAGUAGCGACAGAGGAAGGCGAGUCGAGAGGAGCACAAUCAUUUUCUCAAACCAACUUUUCACUUUUUAAAUAAAAAUGCUGCUCAUCUUGCUUGGAGUGCUCCUCCUCCACCUCAUUAUCCUCAUCCUUCUGAUCGUAUCAACAGCAGCCAGUGCCUGGUCUGUAGGUGGCGACACAAGCACAGAUCUGUGGUACAACUGCCUGACCAACAAUGGAGGCUACCAAUGCAGCCCAGCCAGCAAUGAAGAUUGGAUCCAGGCGGUGCAAGCCCUCAUGAUCCUGGCUGUGCUCUUCUGCUUCUUCUCCCUCAUCGCUUUCGUAUUCCAACUGUUCAGACUGGUGAAGGGCGGACGCUUCUUCUUCACGGCCAUCUUCCAGAUCUUGGCCAGUCUGUUUGUGAUGUGCGGGGCCAUCAUCUAUACGGUGAUGAGGGCGGACAAUGUCCCCGGCUUAGAGUUUGGCUACGCUUACGUCCUGGCUUGGGUGGCGUUCCCGCUAUGCCUCAUCAGCGGCCUCAUCUACAUUGUGCUGAGGAAGAAGGAAUGAGUAUGAAGAGCUCGGGAGAAGGAGCAGGAGGAGAGUGAAGAAGAGGCGUCGCACUGUGCCUACUGCCCACAGACCAACACAGACUGACAUCACUACCACACGACAAGCGUGCACGUGUCCCUGACCAUCGUAAAACACACACACACCCCUUUUGAGUUGCUGAGCUGACACGUCGGACUUGUUGCCACGCAAUGAUACACCCUCCAGCGUGAUGAGCAAAGACCUUCAAGAUGUACAUAGCGUCUGUGGUUUUUAGACAUAUUUAUAGCAUUUUUACAUUACAUGUUGUACAUAGUGUUGUGUUAACAUCGUCUCCCUCAUUAUUAAGAGUGUGUGUCUCCCACACAACAUGCAGCUGUGCCAAAGAAUUGUUGCUUCAUCAGCCAGAUAUUAUGCUUUUUGUUGUUGUUUUUUGCUUCAUAAUGUGCCUUAACUUUCUGAAGGAAUUGACAAAACUAUUAAAUCAUGAAGUGUCUUUAUUAUGUUUGCUGAAGUAUGUUACUUGAUAUUCCAAAUUAAAAAUGUUGCAUUUUGUAUCCUAGUUUUGAUAAAAUGGUGCUUUAAUAAUUGUAUACCCUCUUUUCUGUUUGUUUAUGUACUUUUCAAACAUGUCAUGUUUUUGAAUUUGCUUUGUCUAAGCAUCAAGUUUUGAAUAUUGACAAUAUUCUUCAAAAUAAACCUUCACUUGACAAUAA